AUGUUUAGAAUUUUCAAAAGGAACGUACACGCGGGUCAUGUCAAGCGUGUCUUGAACAAGAGAAAGGAACUCUUUAGCGGGAGAUAUAGUAGAAUAUUUGCUGAUCAAAGGGAAAGAGUGGAUCACUUAUUACAAGGAAUUAGAUAUGAAAAGGAUGCGGUGGUCAGAGAACUUCUUCACUCCCAAAAUGUAGUUACAAAUCUCUUGAAUGACUGCACAGACAAACCAUCGCAAAAUCAAAAUCUGUUUAGAGAUCCGGAUGUCGAAUUUAAAAGGAGAAAUGACGCAUAUCGCAUAUAUCGAAUGUUACGCCCUGAUGCUCCAACGUUCUUUGAGGAACAAACAUCUCUUCAUCUUAGUAAAAGCAUGAACCAACUUCUUCAAAAGCCAUCCACGGAAUCUACAACUCUGGUUCUUGCAGAUCCAAGUAACGUAUUGGAUAAUAAAGAGCCUGUAUUCACAACCGAUUGUUAUAUUUUAGCUGUAUCAUCUCUUAUAGAGUCUAUAACCGAUGAUAUACAGGAUUUUUGUGCCUAUAUUGGGAUCAAAAAUCUUCCGGAAAAAAAUGCUCCUAACCGUUUCUUGCUCAUUUUUGAUGCUCUGGUUGAUUUUAUAAAGCUAAGGUCUGAUGGAUCAGAUGUAGAUAAAUGGGUUGAAGAUGUUUGGUCAGCAAUCAGUAAGCUUUUUAUUAAAGAACUGGGAGAAAUUUCCAACCAGGAGAUGUCAAAGUGGCUAAAAGAACAUUUAAUUAGAGUUGCAGAGAAUAAGGCUAUUUCUGGGAAGCCUAAAGAUGAAUGGUACAGUCUACAUAGGGAUAUAUUGUACGAUGCACUUCCAUAUCCAGAAACUAUAAAAAUUGAAAAUAAGCUGGGUUACCCAUUUAAAAAGGCGCAUUCUUAUUUUAAUUCUCUCUUGUCCCUUUUUGAUAUAUCUGAAUUCGCUUUAGAGCAUACAUCGUCUUUUCUAGAGUCGUUAAAGGGCAUUGGAUUAUUAGACUGGUUUAAACUUAAACCCAAUGAAAUUGAAGAAUCAAUGCUGGGUAACAUAUCAAAGGAACACUAUCCAAAUAAAGAGGAUUUAGAAUUGUCUAGUCUUUUAAUAGAUACUCUAGCUAGAAACAUGGAUCAUUUGCUUAACAUCGAAACGUACUCACCAACUGCGUUUAUGUUUCUUUACGUUUUCAUGACAAUUUCGCAGUAUGAAGAUAGUGUAAAGGAUGCGCCAGAACAUCCUUGGCUACCAGAAAAGGAUAUUAAACAAAUUAUCACAAAUAGACUCCAAACUAUAACAAAAGUGGAGAACCAAGAUGUUAUUUCAAACGAUAUUAACAAUGUACUAGAUACAAAAAAGACUCCCCUGGACGAAAUUAUUGAAGACGAAGAGAAAUAUUCAAGAUCCAUUGGUCCGGGUAUUAUUUCUGUUGAUGACGAGGGUAAAUGUGAAUUUAAGUGGAAAGUUCCUGCUGGAGCACAAUAUGAUAAAAAGAGGGGAAUCUAUGUAAGGAUGCGUUCCACAGCUGAUCCGCAAUUUAUUCUAAACAGGUUUCGCUUCUGUGUAUUGGAUAGGAGAAGAAUGAGAAGUAUGACAAGAGAGGGAAGAGUAUAUUUUGUUCGCGUUGUAACUGCAGUUGGCAAUGGAGAUGGGUAUAUUGGAUUUGGUGUAGGCUUUGGAAAUGACAUAAGCUCUGCAUCUACAAUGUCUACAGAAGCUGCAUUUAAAAAUAUGUUCUUUGUUGACUUUGAUCCCAAGGAGGUAUUAACAACUCCAGUCCGUGCAAAAGAAUAUGGAGCAACUGUUACAAUUACACCAAAGCCUUUUGGAUCAGGAAUAACAAUAAAUCGCAAGUUUUUACCAUUGGCGUAUAUAAUCGGAUUAGAUAAUGUAAGAAUAACAUUCCACGGUUCAAAAUCAUGGAUUACACGAGCUGCUGCACUCAGAAGGGCUUUAGAGUCCAUAUACUCUAGAAAAACGGCAUGUAAUAUGACUGGAAAUCGAUAUAUCUAUCACAGAAAUCCAGGAGACCAUACAAUUCACUGGCCCGACGAAUGGUUUGUGCCAAUAUCCGAAGAAUAUAAACAAAGAAUUGCAACAAUCAAGAGAAAUAGGAUCAGGGAAUUCAAAAGCAGUAUUAGAAGGAGAUAUUCCCUUCUCACACCAUAUGAUAUUUCCCCCGGAAGGCCCAAGUAUGCCGAUAGAAGAUUUAUGUCGCCAUUAGAAAAACUGAGUACCGACAUUAAAUACGUUGAAAGAAUUAACACGGACGUUUCAAAGUCUAUGCUGCAACUGCCACUCUUACACCAUAGAUGA